AUGGGGAGGAUGGGGACACCUUUACUUCUCCUUUUCAGUUUUUUAGCUUCUGGGUAUUGUAAUUCUGUCCCUGUGAUUAACAUGGCUCUGGUAAACCUUAGAGAAGAUCUUAAAGUAGGCGAUUUUGCAUUUCAAAUUAUUGCAUCUGAUCCGGAUAAUGACCCUCUAACAUAUGGCAUCAGAGGAACCGACGCUAGUUAUUUUGAGGUCAAUAGAGCGACUGGUGAAGUCAAGAUCAAGAGUCAGCUGGACAGAGAGUCAAAAGACCUCUUACUCAUAGAUGCUGUGGUGAAUGAUGGCGUUUAUGCGGAUGUGACAAAAAGCGUUUAUAUUCCUGUGGACGAUGCUAAUGAUAACGCACCUGUAUUCAAUGGUCUGCCCUACAACGUAGAGGUCCAAGAGAAUGUAGCUACGGGCAGUCAACUGUUCAGAGCCAGCGCCACAGAUAUUGAUUUUGGCCAAGCUUCUGUAGUGUACUACAAAAUUGAUGAAGUGGUACCAAAUGAAGGGGCUAUCCUGUUUUCAAUUUCUGCGACCAAUGGAAUUGUUGUCCUGGAGGGAACUUUAAACUACACUGAGAAAAGCCCUUUCUAUCAGAUACGAAUCAAUGCAUCUGAUGGUGGUGGACUAUUGCAUGGUGAAGAAGUGGUUCAAUCCACAGCAGCAUUUGCAUUCAUAACGGUUAAAGAUGUGGCGGAUAUCAACCCCCAGUUUCUGAAUUUACCCAACUUUGCUGCUAUUGACGAGAAUUCGGAUGUGGGUACGUCAGUCUUUACUGUGAAAGCCAGAGAUCCAGACACUGGGGUCAACGACGUGAUCCGCUACAGCAUUGAAAAAACUAAUGCACCAGAUCUGUUCCAAAUCACUGAGACUGGUGAAAUAUCUGUCAAAACUAAAUUUGACCGUGAGGAGUUACUGGACAUAGAUACUACUGUAGUACUGCACAUAAAUGCACGUGAGACACACCCUAAUGUGGAUGGAGUUAUUGCGAGCACAGUAUCAGAUUUACAGAUUUCUAUUGGCGACAUCAAUGACAAUGGCCCUGAAUUUUAUGAGUGUGAGAGUGAAACCUGCACACAGAAAAACAGCUUCACAGGCAAGGUCGAUGAGCAUUCAUCUGUAGGACUGGCAGUAAAUGACCUGAAUAUAAGAGUCAAAGAUCCAGACCAGGGGCAAAACAGCAGGUUUAUUCUCGAACUUGCUGGACCCGAUAAGGAUGCGUUCCUCGUCAGUCCCAGCUCUGGGUUGGGAGACAGUUUUGUACAAGUGACAAUAAAAGAUCCUGAUGAGGUUGAUUUUGAAAAGAAGACAGUGAUGUAUGUUCAGAUUAUUGCUAAAGAUGCCAGUGCAGACUUCACCUCCACGGCCUCUGUCACCAUUAACAUCAAUGAUAAAAAUGACAACUUUCCUUCGUUUGAGGAGGAGGUUUAUAAUGCAGAUGUUAAUGAACACUGUGAAGAUGGAACUUUUGUGGCUACCAUUACUGCAACAGAUGCCGAUGCCUUGGAUGAUGGCAAAAUCACUUACAGAUUGAUCCCAGAAAGCAUUCGGUCAUUAUUUGAUGUCUAUGAAAAUAAUGGAACUAUCUAUGUAAAAAAUGGAGGACGUCUUGACUGGGAAGGCACCAAUUCCUACUCACCCACCCUGCAGGCCUUAGAUUCAAAUGGCAAUAUUGGUAGCAUUGUUGUGAUGAUCGACAUUAUGGAUAUUAAUGAUCAGAAACCGGAGAUGAACAGAGAAGUUUAUGAGGCCUAUGUAAAAGAGAACAACAAUUUGGAGCUUCAAAUCAAGGCUAUAGACGGAGAUAAACCAAAUACACUAAACAGCAAAAUCCAGUAUCACAUUAAGGACAGCUUUUUCAGUAGUAACUUCACCAUAGACCCGGACACUGGUUUGCUUAAAAACGAUGGUCAGUUGGACCUUGAAGCCAUGGACCCUCUUCUAAAGGGUGUGAUUGAAUUGACGGUGCUCGCUUCAGACAUGGGCACACCAUCCCUCUCCUCAUCAGCCAAUGUGACCAUCAACAUUGAGGAUGUCAAUGACAAUUCUCCACAGUACCUGGAUCCUGCUCCCAAACCCUUUCAUGUAAAGGAAAGUGAAGGAGGCAUUUUGGUUGGCUCUCUGCUGGCUCGCGACGCCGACCAAACGGACCUGAAUAACCGCAUCAUUUUCAGCAUCACUGAUGGCAGUUUUGGGAGUUUCAUAUUAUUUUCUGAGCCGCUCAGUGAAGGUUACAGAGGCAACAUCACGGUGGAUCCUGCCGUUGAGCUGGACUACGAAAGUGACCGCAAGACUUUCAAUCUGAAGGUGGAGGCCUCAGACUUGGGUCAACGAAAGGCUACAAUUGAAGUGCAAGUGAUAGUGGACGAUGUUAACGACACUCCGCCUGUAUUCCCAUCCGGCAUGACCCUGAAUGUAAAUGAGAACAGCAAAUUGCCAGAGACUCUGAAAACAAUCGAAGGCACAGAUGUGGACACCAAACACCUUCUAGAAUAUGAGCUUAUUUCUACUGAAUGCCAGUGCAAUGGCACCAGAGGGCCGUGUCCAGAAGAGUGGUUCAAAGUUGAGCGUAACGGUGAUGUGAAAGCGAUUAGUAGUUAUGAUAUUGACUACGAGAAAUGUGAUAAAGUGUUCUUGACUGCCAUGGUGGAGGAUCUUCUAACUGAGAAGGGGAAGAACAGUACUGAAGGGAUUGUGACUGUUAAUAUUGUGGAUAUCAAUGACAACGCCCCAGAGUUUAUUGCCUCGCAGGAAUUCUAUGUUGUAGUCAUUGAAAAAGUAGAGCAGGGCACAUCUGUCGCCAGAGUUUAUGCCAAAGACAGAGACACGGAUGAAAAGAACAGGAAAACCAACUUUAAAGUUACCAGGGUGGACUUUAUCGGCAGUGAAGGGAAUUCCUCAGAAAUGUUUCUUUCGGCUGACUCUCCCGCUCAGGAAGAUGCUGAAGGAAUCUUCACUACACAUAUAAGGUCCCAGAAGUCAAUGGAUAAUAAUAAAAAAGGGAAGUUCGUGGUGGAGGUGCAGGCAUUUAACCCUGAUGGUCUCAAUUCCACCUCUGUGGUUGAGCUUCUCACAGUUGACAGCUCCUACAGAGUCAGUCUCAGAUUUAAUGCGCCUGUGUCUGAAGUCAAUGAGAAUUUGGGUAAAAUCAGAAAUAUUCUGACAAGUGCUACAAAAGCAACGGUGGAAUUCUUUAAUGUGUUAAGUGAGUCUCGUGCUCAACGAGCUGAAGAGACGACUGUUUUGGAGGCAUAUUUUGUGUUCAGAAAUGGCACGGCUCUUGACUAUGAUGCAGUGACCUCAAUCCUGAAUUCAGAGGAGGUCUAUAGGGAAUUUGGAUACCAACUAACUGAGCUUGGAUUUACUGGCAUUUCGACAACCAUUACUGAGUCUGGAGGAGUCAAGACAGAGGUAUUCAUCAUGAUUGGUUUGAUGGCUGCACUGGCGAUCGUUCUUGUUGUAACAACCACCUCACUCGUGUGUAUCAGAAGAAGUUACAAGAGGAAACUGAAGGCAGCCAAAGCCAUGAACUCAGCAGCCACAGUGGUCAUACAGAACCAGAAGACCGGGCCUGUUGUUCCUGGAACCAACAAAUACACCAAAGAAGGAGCAAACCCAGUGCUGAAUAUGAAUAUCGACACAGCCACAGACCUUGGCUUUGAUGAAGAUGGCUCCAGCCCAGACAGAGAGAGCCUUAAUUCCCUGGACUACAACAUUGAUAUGACCAUGGCAGAGAAAGACACUAUGCCAAUGAUGGUAAUUGAGGAAGAAGAAGAGGAGGAGGAGGAUGACAACAGGAGUGAUUCUUCAUACAUUGAGCCUUUGGGCGCUGCAUUGGCCCAGCGAGAGAAGAAGAGACGUGCAGACAGCCCUGGUCUCACUUUUACAAACCCUUCCAUAAACACCACUGAUCUCUAACUAUCAACCUCUGACCUCCUCCUGUCUGCCAUUUUAUAUGUGGUUCUGCCAAAAAGGAGAAAAGACUCAAUUUCACACUAUAUUCUAUGUUUGGCCAAACUCUAACUCUAAACCAGACCUUUAAAGUUAACCCAUGACUUUGAAUGCUGAAUCAACAAUGCACUUUGAAAUGUUGAGUUGGUCGGGGGGAAAAAAAUAAAUGUUUGGAAAAGAACCAUUCUCAAUGCACUAAAAACAAGUGGUAAUUCAAA